CUCAAAACACUUUAACACACUGCUACACAUUCUCUCCCUUACCAAAUCCCACACCCAGACUAGAGAGAGAAACAAUAAAAAAAACUCUCUACAUUUCUCCUCUCUCUCUCUUUCUCUCUCUUUCUCUAACAAUGGCGAGUCGAUUACAAUCCCAUCAGCUUCCAAGCGGACUCUACGUUUCAGGCAAACUCGAGCAACCCAAAGAGACACGACCACCGACAAUGGCGGCUCGUGCUAUGCCUUACACCGGCGGCGAUAUCAAGAAAUCCGGCGAGCUCGGAAGGAUGUUCGACAUCUCCUUCGCUGAUCCCACUUCGUUCCACGGCGGCGGAACAGCCAGACCGCCGCCGACACGUGUCCACUCCUCCUCCGCAUCUUCUUCGAACCCCAACAGUGGACCCGUCCGAUCCGGAUCCCAAUCGGGUCCAGUUAGAAAGUCCUCAGGUCCUCUCUCCCAGCUUCAACCAACCGGUUUAAUCACCUCCGGGCCGCUAAAUUCCUCGGGUCAAAUCGGGUCCGGGUCAAGGAGGUCAGGUCCGUUGGAUCAUCAUCACCAAACGAGUAAUCUAAGGCCGUCGACCAAACCCAAAUACGGAUCUGCUGUUACGGUUUUGAACUCUGACCCGGUUCGGGUCGGGUUCAAAGUACCAAGGGCUCUGAUUUGGGCGGUUGUUGUAGUUGCAGUGACUGCGUUACUAAUUGGAACGUUCUUAGCAGUUGCGGUGAAGAAGCCAUUGAUUAUUGUGGCGAUUGCGGCGGCGAUUUUUCCGGCCGCCGUAGUUUUUGUGUGGAACUGUGUCUGGAGAAGAAGAGGGUUGUUGGGUUUCAUCAAGAACCAUCCAAAUGCUGUUCUUAGAGGCGCCAUUGAUGGACAGUUAAUCAAGGUUACAGGAGUUGUAACAUGUGGAAGUACCCCGCUUGAGUCUUCAUACCAAAAGAUACCGAGAUGUGUUUACGUAUCUACAGAGUUGCAUGAGCACAAAGGGUGGUCAUGGGGAUCUAGACAUGCCGAGAGAUAUGUUUCGGAUUUUUACAUCUCUGACUUUCAAUCUGGAUUGAGAGCACUUGUUAAAGCUGGAUACGGAUCAAAAGUUUCUCCGUUUGUCGUACCGGAGACAGUAGCUAAUGUAACCUCACAGACUAAGGAUUUAUCUCCAAGCUUUCUACAAUGGUUGGCGGAUCGUAGCCUUUCCAACGAUAGCCGUGCCAUGCGUCUCAAAGAAGGAUACAUAAAAGAAGGGAGCACCGUAAGUGUGAUGGGAAUGGUGAGGCGUCAUGACAACGUUCUGAUGAUCAUUCCUCCUGCAGAAUCAGUCGCCACUGGCUGCAAAUGGUGGCAUUGCCUCUUCCCAGCUUAUGUGGAAGGCCUUAUCAUUACAUGUGACGAGAAUCAGAAUGUUGAUGUCGUUCCUGUCUGAAAUUCAUAUACAUAAUUACGUAUGCUUUGCUUAUCUAUUAUAUUCUGUAGAUCCUAUAUAUAUAUAUAUGUUGUAUAGCCAAGAAUUAGGCCCUAAGAGAGAAAAUAUGAAAAAGGAAACCAUGUAAUGUCAUCAUAUGAGUUUUUUUUGCCUCUUUUGAUGGGGUUAUGUUCUGUGUACGUUAUAAGCUUCAAAUGUAAAUUUGAAUUUCUCUAGCA